CAUUUUGACAGAAAUUGUAAGAUUUUUAAUUAUACGAAUGGGAAUAUUGAAAUAUUUUUUAUUGGCCACACUAAUAAUUCAUCCAUAAACCUAUAUACUUAUUAUUAUAAUACUAUGAAGAAUUCGCAUCCCUCUCAAAUAAUCGUCCAUCCGGAUCGCUUGUCCUCGUCGGUGAUAUCUUUAGUAUGCCGAAUUUGUUACGAUACAGAGAAAGACGAGGAUUUAAUUACGCCAUGUAACUGUAAAGUAAUUACCGGGAACGGUCGCGUUCGUACAUCGAUCGUGCUUGGAAACGUGGCUGGGCGAAUCGAACACCACCACCUGCGAGCUAUGCCAUCAAGUCUUCAACACCGAACGCACCCCUAA